AUAUAUUUAACAAUUUUUCAAGUUAAAUUAACAAUAAAUUGACAUAAAAUUUGCUUGAAAAUUUAAGACAACUUUUUUCUAGUUAACUUUUGAAGUAAAUUUGCAUUCUAAUUCGGGCAAUAAAUUUAGUUAAAAUUCAAUAGCAAAUUACAUACAAAUUGUCGUAAAAAGUCCGAAGAUGACGGAAAUUUCACGAAAAAUUCAACGAAACUUUUGUACAGUAACUUUUUGCUCAAGCAAACUGUGCUAUUAGUGCAGGCAAAUGUUGAUAAAUCUUUAACUGCAAAAGUGACUCCAUCUCCAGUAAUCUCCAGGAGUGUCAGUGUUCCAUUGUAAAUUUGUAUAAGGCCUACAACUUAUGAGCAAGUUAAAAAACUUAUGAUAAUUAAUUACUGAUAAAUUAAAAUAAUUAACAAGAUAAAAAACUGGCUCGUAAUAUUAAAAAAUAUUUCAAUUAUCGAGGCCAAAGUGAAUCAGUUCGUAGAUGAAAAUGAACGAACUUGUUUGGGGAGUCAAAAACGGCGACAUUGAUCAAGUCCGAGAAUUCGUCGAAAAAAAAAAUAUUAAUGUAAAUGAAAAGAUUGAUGGCAGGACACUGCUGCACUACGCAGCUGAUUAUGGUCAAAAUGAAGUUCUUCGAUAUCUUCUUGAUAAAGGUGCUGAUGCUGAUGCAACUGACAAACACGGCAUAACUAGUCUUUUAUCAGCAAUUUGGGAGGGUCAUACCGGAUGCGUUAAAUUACUGCUAGAGAAAGGCGCUAAACAAGAUGGAUUGACCCCAGAUGGUAAAACUUACCUCGAUGCAGCUGAAAAAGAUGAGAUAAAAAUUCUGCUUCGCGAUAGGCACUAACGCACAAAACCAAAAUCAUAAAUAAUAUAUUAAAUAAUUAAAAACAAAAAAUAUAUAAAUUAUGAAUGAAGAUACAAAAAGUAAAGCUAAAAUUUCGUUGAUAGUGUGUUGAAUGUUCUUUGUAGAUUAUAACUGCUACUUGUUAUCAAUCUGUAUACAAAUGACUAUUUUUACGUAUGUGUUUUUCGUUUUUUUAAGUAAUGAUUAACGACAUUCUCAGACAAUAGCUUCCGCUUUUUAAAAAUAUUCAAUUACUCAACUGUUAUCGUAUUGAAAUUUUAUUAAUUAAUUAAAAAACCAGACUAGUAAUUGAAAUAAAGUCUACGUAAUUGCAAUUUCACCGAAAUCUAGAUUUGAAAAAAAAUUACUUACAGUUAUCAAUUACCAAGUUCUAAAUUUCGUUUAAUUUCUAAUUAAUAACUGUAAGUAAUUUUUUAAAAUCUAUAUCAGCGAAAUUGCAAUCACGUUUAAUAUUUUUCAAUUAAUUGAUUAAAUUUAAAUACGAUUAUGGCAGUUGAGUCAUCGAAUAUUUAAAAAAAGUGGAGGGUACUGUUUAAGA